AUGUCAGAACGUAAGGUGCUUCAGAAAUACUACCCCCCGGAUUUCGAUCCUUCGAAGAUCGUCCGAAACAAGAACCCGAAGCCUACAGGUCCUAAGCAGCAAACGGUACGUCUCAUGGCACCGUUUAGCAUGAAAUGCCGAAGCUGUGGUGAGUUUAUCUACAAGGGACGCAAGUUCAAUGCUCGUAAAGAGCACUCAGGCGAAAAAUACUACAAUAUCAGUAUAUUCCGGUUCUAUAUCAGGUGUACACGAUGCUCUGCGGAAAUCACAUUCAAGACCGACCCGAAGAACAUGGAUUAUACCUGCGAAAAGGGCGCUGAGCGAAAUUUCGAGCCCUGGCGCAACCACGAUGAGAAGGAAGAGACUGAGGAGGAACGGUUAAACAGACUGGAAGAAGAAGAGAAUGAGAGUGCCAUGGCCAAGCUAGAGACAAAGACUUUGGACUCCAAACGCGAGAUGCAGAUCGCCGACGCGCUGGACGAGAUCAGAACACGCAACGCACGGAACGAGAGAGUAGAUGGGGUUGACGUGUUGGAAAACUUGCUUGAAGUAAAGGAUGCGGAGCAACUAGAGAGGGAAAGGCAGGAUCAGGAAGAUGAGGAGGCUGCCAAGAGGGCAUUCAGAACCGAUGAAGAUAAGUUUGUCAGGAGGGUGAUUGAGGGGGCCGAGGAGCCCCCAGUCCAAGCAGGGCCAUCUACUACCGCAACCGAAGAAAAAGUGGAGAUCCCAACCUUCAAAAAGACGGUUAAGAGAAAGCGGGACUUGGGUGCUGCCCUGGGCAUCAAAAAGAAAGCGAAAACACUUGUAUAG